CUUCAUCCAAACGAGUACAUGUGAAACGUUGACUUCUGAAAAGUCUACCACUGUGUGCAAAGACAACAAAGCCAACUUCUCAGCGUAUUCCUCCGAAGAAUCUUCUUCAAUCUCUUUCUCUAUACAUGUGUUCUUGUUUCUUUCAUGAACCAGUGAUGCUCGAGUAACACUGAACCGAGCAUGGAUAUGAGUCAAGGUAAUUCCCUGGUAGAUUCCAUCAAAACAAAGUUAGAAUCCUUGUCUUCUCUUUCAAACCAGUGUUGUAUCUACAAGGUACCCAAUAAGCUACGCAGGCUCAACCCUGAUGUAUAUUCCCCUCGGCUUGUGUCUUUUGGCCCGUUUCAUCGGGGUAAAGAAGAUCUUCAAGCCAUGGAAGAGCAUAAAUACAGGUACUUGCAAUCCUUUCUCCCUAGAGUAAACUUUAGUCUAGAGGAUCUUGUUAGAGUUGCAAGAACGUGGGAAGAGCAUGCUCGGAGUUGUUACGCAGAAGACGUGAAACUUAACAGUGAUGAGUUUGUGAAAAUGUUAGUUGUGGAUGGAAGCUUCUUGGUUGAACUUAUUCUGAGAUCUCAGAGAGACGUUCACCUUGCUUUGAACGAUCGCAUAUUUGGGAAGCCAUGGAUGAUCACUAACGUGUGUCGUGACAUGAUCCUAAUAGAAAACCAGUUACCCUUUUUCAUUGUGAAGGGUUUUUUCAAUCUCUUGACUCCUUACUACCAACAAGGAACACCUUCAGUACUGGAGAUAGUUAAAAGCCACUUCAGUUGUUUCCUGAGCAACAUUGAUGAUAAAAUGUAUGAAUCUGCAGAGCCAGAGCAUUUUGUUGAUCUUCUGAGGUCUUGUUAUCUGCCGCUAGUUUCAAUCAGAUUGGAAGAAGGUAUAUCUACGGUUUACAAUGCGCCAAAAGCAACAGAGCUACACAACGCUGGUGUUAAGUUCAAGCCAUCAGAGACCAGUAGUUGUUUACUUGAUCUUAAAUUUGCUGAUGGAGUGCUGGAGAUUCCUACUAUUUUUGUUGAUGAUCUCACGGAAUCCCUCUUCAGGAAUAUCAUUGUGUUUGAACAAUGUCAUUGCUCAGAUAAGAGCUUCCUCCACUACAUCAGGCUUCUCAGUUGCUUCAUUAGAUCCCCUGCGGAUGCUGACUUGCUCAUCCGCAGUGGGAUCUUUAUGAACAGUCUUGGAGCCGCAGAAGAUAUUUCAGAUGUGUUUGAUAGCAUUUGCACAGAGGUUAUCUUUGGCAGAAAGUUUUACUUUCAGAGCCUCUCUGAGAACUUACAAUCUUACUGCAACACACCAUGGAACAGGUGGAAGGCGAUUCUAAGACAUGACUAUUUCCACAAUCCUUGGUCAGUUGCUUCUGUUUUGGCUGCUUUGCUUCUUCUCCUUCUCACUUUCAUACAGGCUGUAUGCUCCAUCUUGGCCCUGUGAGUUAUUACCACAGGUGUUUACAUCU